AUGAAAACCGCCAGAAUCGCGAAUCGUUUAGAACGCGAUCUCUGCAUCAAUAAAGUUCGUGAUUCCCCUAAAUGUGGAAAAACCGCGGCGUUUUCGUGUUUAGCUUCAGCAAAUACAAAUCACACUCCGUAUUGGAAUGGAUAUGUUGAUGCGAUAAAACCGACAAUUUCUGAGAAUACAGAACUGAUCAAUAGUUCGUAUAAUGGUGCCGAGUGCAAUUUUAAUUUUACAGUCUAUGAUACAACCAAAGGAGUUGGAAAACCAGUUUAUACAUUUUUAAAUAAAUCUUGGAAUUGUGGUGCCAAUAUUUUGCUGUAUGAAUCAAGAUAUGCACAAGGAAAGCCAUUACCAUCACAGUACAUCUUAACUGAAUUGUGUAAAAUGUUUUUUCGUACACUAGGCACUCGCUAUAAAAAUGAAUUCGAGAAACACGCGCGUGAUGAAGAAUAUGAAGUUUAUUUCACAACUGAAGAUGAAUUUGUUCAUAGUUCACAAAAUAUGUCAAUUACAACAACAAAUAAACGUGUGGCAUCAAUCUCAAUAUCUCGAGCGGAAAAUUCAAAAUCGUCAAUAAUCGAUACCUUUCAUACAAUUCUUACCACUCAAGUUUCAAAUGUUCAUUUGGAUCAGUUCAUUGGACCAGUUCAAAGUGAUAUCAGUUUGGAAAAUGAUUUUACUGUUACGAAAAAAAUGAUCUCAGUUUCGAAAAUGAGCUAUUAG